AUGCAUUCCUUAUUGGGAUUAAGUGGGAAACUGCCAACACUGCCAACAGGGCUGCCAACAGUGUUCAUUGGCGCCAUGGCUCGACGUUUGGCGAAGGCCUUGGGGUGCCUGGUACUCCUUCGAUGGGAGCCUUGGAAGCCCUGGGUUGGCAUGCAGCCAUGUUGCAAGAACCCCAGGCUUAUCUACAAGGCUGGCAGAUUGGCCAAAGGUUUCGGAGAGGAGGUGCGAAAAGCGAAGACGCACCAAGAACAGUAUAAGUCCAAGAAGGGUCGGAAGAGCACGGAGGAUGCGGUGAGGUUCUUCGAGGAGGCCCGCAGCCUGCGCGAGCGCGGUGACUUGGAGAAAGCCCUACAACCGUAUCGCAAGGCCAGUGUGGCGAUUUCAAAGGCUGCGGGGAAAGGCAGUAAAGAUUUCGCACGUGUUUGCAAUGACCUUGCACAAACCUAUUUCGAGUUGGGUCAGCACCAGCGUGCCGCGGAGCUGUUUGAAGAGUCCAGACUGUCGUUUUCAGUCGCUGUGGGCGAACAACAUGAAGAGUAUGCAGGUUGCCUGCAGAAUUUGGCCCGUGCCAAGUUGAAGUUGCAGCAUGUGGCUGAUGCAGAGGCUCUGUACAAAGAGGCAUCUCAAAUCUAUGCCAUGGACCUGUCUGCCAACCACGUGGCUUAUGUCCAAACACUCAGGAGCCUUGCUAGCCUGUACCAAAGUGUCGGGCAAGUACACAUGGUUCAACCACUUCUGCUUGAGGAUGAACAGCAGCUGGGCUCGACCCGGCCCGACCCGACCCCGUGGCUGCUGUCCCUUGGGGCAGCCUCGGUGGCCUCGGUGGCGGCGCUGAAGACCGAUGCGUCGAUCCAAACCUCCGUUGGCUUCAGCGCGCCGUUGCCCCCAACCGUCUACAGAACCGGCACGGCGUUGCUGCAACAGUGGCAGGUAGAGGCGCUUGCCCGAAGGGAGCAAACGGCAGUGACAGCUGUGCAGUCGCAACAAAAGGCGAUUGAGGCGAUUGCAACAGAACAGAAAAACCAAAAUGACCAGCAGGCGACAUUCCAGUCUCAGCUCCGUCAAGUGGAAGUCAAGGAACGACAGUUGGAAGAUUUGCUCCAGCGUCAGACUGAGGAGUUGCAGGUGGCGCAAGCCGAGAAGAGAAAGGCAGAGGUGAUGCUGCAGGAGCAAUCGCAAGCUUUUCUUCGGGCAAGAAGCUUACAGGUAGCAGUCAACAAUGCCCUGGAAUUUGGUAAUGAUAUCCUCCGAGAUCAACUGUUGGGUGCUGCCGUUUAUUUCAUCUUCAUGAUGAUCAUGGCGAAAGUUUAUGGCAUGGCUUUCACCUAUCCCUAUCCCAAGCUUCACCGUGAGCCCACGGUGAACCGUGACCACUUCACUUUUAGCCUCUUCGAAUGUUGCAACUGGGAUCCCGAUGCUCCCUCCCGCGAAGCGAUGCGCGAUCGGCGCAUCCCCUGCUGCUCCUGCUGCUGCGGCCCCAUCCGUUGGGCCGACACUGCCAGCAGCGGCAAGACGAAGGUGGUGGCCUUCUGGCCUGCAGCCAUCCUUGCAGUCGCCAUGAACGCUCUGGCAGGCGUCUCCUUCUUCAUCACCGGCUUCAUCUUCAUCCUGAUCGCCACCCUGCACAGGCAGCAAAUCCGCAAGGUCUACGGCAUGCCCCAUGGCAGCUGUGGCAACUGUACGGAAGAUCUCUGCACCUGGUUCUGGUGCUCUUGCUGCGCCACCAUGCAGGAAGCUAUGGAGAUCGAAUACAUCGAUCCUCCCAGCAAACCAUGGCAGCAGAGCAUGGUGGAGCAGCGCGUGAAAACGCUGGCGGCGCAGAUGGCUCGAAGCGGCUCAUAG